ACGUCAGAGAUCGAUAGUAAGCGGAGCGGUGCUGCCUGUAUUCACAACGUUCUCGUACCACACUGCAAAGUUUGAAUAGAUACACUUGUUGGGUUCUUCUUUAAAUUUCUUUUCAAAUAUCACAAAUCACUCUCUGACUUCACAAACCACCCUUCAAUAGCUGUAAGCUGACCUGGCUUUUCUGUACCAUCGGGCGCAAUCACGCUUCCAAACCACUCACCAUUAUCGCCAAAAUGUCGACGUCCACGUUCACGCUUCCCAGAUCCAAUCCUCCAUGCAAAGUAGCUCUCCCAGACAAUCUCACUCAAGAACAACUACUAGAGUUUCCCGCCUUCAAAGACUGGAUUUCAACACUCCAGCACACCUUGGCGUUGCAGGAACGAUCUGACCACACAUUCCACCGCGACCCAUAUCGACUCCGUCAGAUCGACGUGCAAGCCGCCGAUUGGUUUGGACCGAAGCAUCUGGGUUUCGUCAAGUUGCAAGCGAAGAUCACCACAGACAACGGAGAAUGGGUGCCGGGUGCUGUCUUCCUGCGAGGUGGUAGCGUGGGUAUGCUAAUCAUACUCCAACCCGACGACAUCCCUGAGGGAAGCGAAAAAGAUAAGAAGGUUAUUCUGACCGUCCAGCCUCGCAUUGCGGCUGGUUCGCUUGCCCUUGCUGAGAUUCCCGCCGGCAUGCUUGACGGUGGGAAACUUGCCGGCAAAGCUGCCGAGGAGAUCAAAGAAGAGACGGGCCUUGAAGUGCACGAAAAUGAACUGAUCAACAUGUCUGAACUCGCUAUUUCGAGAGCAUCCACCAAUCUUUGGAAAGCGCAAGGCGCAAAUCAACGUGGUUCAUCACCAGACGCGAAGGAGGAGUUGAAAAAUGCCAUGUACCCCAGCCCAGGCGCCUGUGAUGAAUUCCUGCCACUCUUUCUCUGCCAGAAGAGACUUCCACGAAAGGAGUUGGAAACCCUUGGAGGCAAGCUGACGGGGUUACGAAACGAAGGAGAGAAGAUCACGCUGAAGCUUGUCCCUCUGGAGGAUGUGUGGAUAGAGGGUGGGCGCGAUGCCAAAGCAUUAGCGGCUUUGGCCUUGUAUGAAGGUCUUCGUCGGGAAAAAAGGCUUUGAUUUUCUACCUAUAUACUUCAAAACCCGAGUACGCCAUUAUGUACCUCAUCAGGUCGAGAGUCGCACUUUGUGCGUGGUGUUUUCAUAAUAUAUGUACCCUCUCUGAUCUCUGAAUGAUAUGCAGUGAC